AGCGGAAAAUAGUCUUAGCAAUAGCACAAUCCUUUUCUCUCUUUUCUUCGGGCUCAAGAAACUUUAGAAACUAUAUAUAACUCUCCACACUAAUUCCCACACACCGCCCUAAUACUAUUGCCAUGACAAUAAAGAGAAGCAGAGAAGAAGAUCAAUUGACAGUGGAGACAUUAGCCAUGGCUAAUUGCGUCAAUAUCUUAGAGAAGAAUAGUUCAUUAGCACGUAGACUUUUCGAGUGCAGGACUUGUAAGAAGCAAUUUGAAUCUUUCCAAGCUUUGGGCGGCCAUAGAGCAAGUCACAAGAAACCAAAACUCCACUCAACGGCAGAUCCAAUUAAACCUAACAAGAAGAAACAUGAAUGCUCCUUUUGUGGAGAGGAAUUUUCUCUUGGACAAGCUUUAGGUGGCCACAUGAGAAAGCACCGCUAUAAAUUGGGUGAAUUGCAGAAACAGAAACAGCAGGAUAGUGAUGAUAAUUCUGCCGGUGAAGUUGUAGAGACGACAGAGAAAAAGAUUUCGGGUACUGAAAAGGCUUUGUUCUUGGAUUUGAAUAUGACACCAUAUGAGAAUGAGUUGAUGUUGGGGAUUAUCCCGCUUAGAGUAGUUCAACAUUCUUGGUUGUAACCAUUUUGAAUUGUUUCGGUUACAGACGUAUUAGAUACUAUAGUAGUUUUCUGAAUUUUUUCUUCAGAGUAGCUAACUUCUAUGAUUUCGAUUGAUUUGUGGCUAGUCUGUGUAUAGAAAAACCUACAGAAAUUUUGUUCAUCAUAUAAACUAGUUACUGGAUUUUGUUGUUUC